AUGGGAGAAUACAGCGACGGUGACCCUUUCGAGGACGCCAGCGACGGCGAUGGCUCCUGCGGCGAGGAAGAGGACGACGACGGAUGCCUAGGCUUAUCCAGAGGUCCCUCCGACGACGACAGCAAUGGCGAGGGGAUGUGCGAAGUCCCUUGCUGCUUCGACGACGACGACGACGACGAUAUCGAGGAAGAGGAGUUAUGCGGCGAGGAGGGAAAUGGCGAGGAGCUCGUCGACGACCCGUGCGAUGAAGAUGACUACGAGGGGGACGUGGAGGCCGAGGAUCUGUGCGAGGACCCCUCCUCCAACGACGGCGAACACGGGGAGCGGGAGGUGGUCACCGUCUCCGUUGCAGAACACACCGACUCUGACGACGACAUUGGUUACGACACCGACUACGACGACGACGACGAAUACGAGCAACACAGGCAGCCGGCGUCGCGCGCGGCGGUGGAAAGCUUGCCCGAGGCGGCACUCGACGAGGAGGAGGCCGCGCGUGGCUGCGCGGUGUGCAAGGAUGUCUUUGCGCCAGGGCAGCGCGUCGUCCGGCUCCCCUGCAAGCACUACUUCCAUGGCGACUGCAUCUGCCCGUGGCUCGCCAUCAGGAGCACAUGCCCCAUGUGCCGGUAUCAGCUCCCCACAGACGAUGCUGAAUCUCGACAGGCACCGCAAUUGGGGGCUCUAGUACCGGCGGCUCGUCACGGUGGAGCACAGCAGAGUGGAGACAGAGAUGGAGGCGACGGCAGCCAAGCCACCACAGGUGGAGGGGACAUUGAUGUGGCCAGUGGCCACGGCAGUACGUAGAGGAUUCUGUCGUCCGAUGACAGCGUUACUGACCAGGUUAGCGCGUAGUAGAAUGUACGGUCAUUCAAAAACAGUCCGUUCAUGACCUCUGUAAAACUCUAUGGUGUGCAAUGGGAUGCUCGUUUUCAGCACCCUGGAGG